AUGGAUCAAGCCAACAUGAUGCCUCAUGGCAUGUCGGCUCAACCGCAGGGCAUGCAGCGUGCUCAGACGAAUGGUAUCUUACAAAAUCUCUACGGAAAAUUGGUCGAGGACAUGCGCGCUCAGCUGGGUCAAUAUGUCAACACCUGGCAGGGCACCUUUGAUUCGCGCGAGCGUGCCACUAAGAUUGUUCAACUCAUCACACAACUGCGUCUCAUCAAUCCAGACUUGCACAAGUGCCUGCAGAUUGCAACAUCCUUUGAAUCGCGCUCCUUUGGCGAGGCACAGAGCAAGGAGCAAUAUGUGGAGAGAAUGGCCAUGAAGUUUGAGGAAAUCACCGAGAAGCGGAGGCAGAAUGGUCAGAUGGCGAUGAUGAAUGGUGCUCCCAUGAUGCAGAACCAGAACAAUCAGAACAAUCAAAACAACCAGAACAACCAGAACAAUGGUGGAGGAAUGCAGAAUCCUGGUAUGAUGAACAUGGGUGGGAAUGGGAUGCAAAAUGGUGGCAUGGGUAAUAUGGGCAACAUGAAUAACAUGAACGGCAUGAACGGCAUGACCAACAUGUCCAACAUGUCCAACAUGAACAUGACCAACAUGGCCAACAUGACCAACAUGGGAUUCUCUGGCCAGACCGGACAGAUGAACGGCGCGACCGGGCAGAACUCGAACCCCAUGUUUCCCCAACUACAACGACCGAUGCAGCCUUCCUCUCUUCCCAUGCAGCAACAGGCGCAACAGCAGCAACCCACCACCAUGAACCCAGCCGCCCUCCAAAUGAGCCAGCAACAACAACAAGCGCAGCAGGUUCAACAGCAACAACAACAAUUGCAGCAACAUCAAGCUCAACAGAUGCGAGCACAAAACUUGAAUCCGGCUGGCCAGUCACAGGCUCCAAACAUGCGGAAUGGGCAGGCUUCACAAGCUACACCUCCACAUAUUUUGGAGGCGGCAAAGUCCAUGUACCAACAAAUGCCCGAGGAGCAACGGAAUGGAAUCCGUCAAAAGAUGUUGUCCAACAUGACCGAGCAGCAAAGGAUUGCACUUGCUCAGAGUGGUAGAGGAGAUCCACUCAUUUCAUUCCUCGUCCGAAAGGCCAUGGAGCAGGCACGGAAGCAAGCCCCAGGUGCCGCUACAGGCUUGCCCCCAAGCAAUCCCGUCAACAACACCAUGGGUGUGCCGAUGGGUAAUGCGCAGCGACCUCCUUCACAAGCAGACUCCCAGAAUAUCGACUUUUCCAGCAUUCUGGGUCAGCAAGCCAAUGCGCUCAAAUUGCAAGAAUCCGGAGAGCAGGUGGUGCCGGCGAGUAAUAACAGCAACACUCAAAACGGCUUGAAUCAGAUGAACAUGGGUCAGGGUGUCAACCCACAGAUGUUGGGAAAUCAAAACCCAGGAGGACAAAUGAAUCCCACCCAGAUGCAGUUUUUCCUCUCGCAACAAAAAGAUGCGCAGCAACGUGAGGCCAUGCAGAAGCACUUGAUGGCAAAUCGUCAGGGUAUGCCACGACAGCAAAAUGGUCAGCUUCAUGGCCAACCGGGCGGCUUGCACACUCCGAAUGUGCUUGGCGGCGCUCCAGGUCAGGCCAACAGUCCGGCCAUGUCCAUGUUGAACCGUCCAAUGGCACCGCCGGGACAGGCUACACCAGGUACACCUCAACCAGGUCGACAGCAGCCAGUGUCUGGAACUCCAAUGAGCGGCGCCAGUCAACUUGCUCAACAUCACCAAAACAUGCUGCAGAAUAACCAGCAACAACAGCAGAUGAAUCAAAUGCCUCCACAGCAGAUGAAUCCUCAGCUCGCCUUUUUGCUCAGCAAGGUACCGCCACCAAUGCGUGAGAGGUUGAUGAACAUGCCCACCGAACAAGCGCAAGAGUUUUUGAUGAAAUACAAACACCAACUGAGCGGUAGACAACAAGGCCAGCCGAACAUGUACAACAUGCCCAACAUGCCCAACAUGCCAAACAUGCCCAACAUGUCGAAUAUGCCCAACAUGCCCAAUAUGCCCAACAUGGGAGGCCCUCAACAAGGACAGCAACCUGGCUUCAACGCGCAGCCGGGUCAGAACCAGCAAGGAAUGCAGAUGGAUCCCGCUCAGCAAGCGCAGACUCGUAUCGCGCAACAGCAAGAACUCAAAAUCAGACAGCAAGCAAUGGACUUGAUGCCAUUCCCCAAAGCCGUGCUCAUGCAGCUUAGCAUUGCCGUGCCUCCACAAGUACAACGAUGGGGAGACUUGAAGAUGCAUCUUCAGCAGAACGUGGCGAAUGUGCCGCCUGGAUCGCAGGAAAAAUUGGCGGCACUACAGCAGCAGUGGUUCCAGCGUCCGGGCUUGUUUCAAGAAGCAAUGCAACAUUUGCAGCAUCAACGGAACAACAUGCAAGCGCGGCAGAUGCAGGCGCAGAUGCAGGCGGGUCAAAUGUCGAAUGAAGCUUCCCAGCAAGCAGGAAUGAUUCCUGACCGGCCGGCUCCUCCAGCACAAAUGGUCCCUCCAGCGCCGAUGAUGCAGGCUCCAAACCAAGCCCUUCCAUCCGGCGCGAAUACACAGCCUCCAUCCAUGGCACCCGUCACUCCGCAAGAUAUUCAAAUGUACCGUUCCAAACAGCCGCAAGCCGCAGGUUGGGAUGAUCAGACGGUUCGUAAUAUGAUCUACCGAGGCCGACAGCACGCGCAGCAGCAGAGACAGGCGCAAAUCCACGCCCAAGCACAAUCCCAGGCUCAACAAGUGCAGCAGAAGCAGACUCCGGCACAAUCUACCCCAAUGUCGAGGCCGCCCACGCAGACUGGCGGACAGAAUCCUGCCCAGCGUACUCAACAGCAAAAACACGCGGCCAGUGAUGAUGUGAUUGAGAUUUCAAGCCAAGCGGCGAAGCAGUCUACUCUACAGGCACCCGCGAUGCAAGCCAGCGCCUCGCAAUCACAGUCACAGUCGCAGUCGCAGUCACAGUCACAGUCGCAGUCCCAAGUGCCACGCCCAACUGCGGAACAACUGGCCAAGAUGUCUCCCGUCGAGCGUGACGCAUAUGUUCAGAGAUUUCAGAGAGCACAGCAACAGCAAGUACAGAUGCACGCUCUGCGCAAUGCCCAGGGACAACUGCCUGCUUCGGCUGGUACAUCAGGAGCAAACAAUCCCACCGGUCAGGGCGCUCCGCAAGCUGGAAAUCCACCCAAGCUCACGAUUGAGCACCAAAAACGCCUGCAACAGAUGUUUACUGAAGUAGUACAGGCCAAUCCAAAAGGACAAGUGAUUCAAUGCGAUGAGGCUGGACUGGAAAGGGCGAGGAAGAUUCUCAAGAAGCUGUGGUACCCGUCUCAGCGAAUCACGGCGACUCUGUCGACGGCAAUGUCCUUUCGCUUCACCGACGAGCGUCUGAAGGAGGUGAUUCGAGCGCAGCUCAUCGUUCAACRAAACGCCAAGGAUGGUGAAGGUAACAUCAAGGACUUUCUUGCCGUCACUCCUGAGCAGUUGUUGCGUCUCGAGCAGAGUUUGGCCUCGUACAUGACGGAAUUGAGGGAGAGACAAAGGCAGCUUGCCGCAAUGAAACAGCCACAGCAACAACAGCAACAACAGCAACAGCCGCAGCAACAAAUUCCAGCUGCCACAUCCGGUACAUCUCAGCCAGGCCACGUCCGCAAGGCAUCGGCCAAUCUCAAAGCGCCGCCAGCCCCGACCGACAACAAGCCCUUUGACUGGGCAGCACCCAGUCCGCAUGGCAUUCCAAAGUAUGACACUGGGCGUAAUGAGCUCACACCGGAUAAGUUGAAGUUCCCGCCGAAUAAGAAGCGCAAGACUGGACAGCCAGAUAGCCAGGCCUCGACCCCUGCGAGCCCACCUGUUGGACAAGGCAAAGCUCAGACUUCCGACUUGACUCGCAAGCCUCAACAGCAGAAAUUUGAGAGAGACUUGCAAAAGUUCCGCUGUAAUGAUGCCACUUGUGAUGCUUCCAUGCAUGGAUUUGAAACGGAAGAUCAGCUGCAGCAGCACCUUCAAACUCAGCACCAGCAGAUUGCAGAUCCACUGGCAUUCCUAUUGGACAACGCAAGCAAUGCGCUGGGUGUUGAUGCCACUACUGGUGCGACUGAUACAAAGCAGCCACCAACAAAGCAAGAACAUCAAGAACGGCAAGAACGGCAAGAACGGCAAGAACAGCAAGCUACUGGCAAGAGUGGCAUCAUCGAGAGUGAAAAGGUGGCCGCGAGCGAGCAGACAUUGUGGGAGUCGCUGGCUGAAAAGAUCGCCAUGCCAGACCCACAACUCCCCAGUGCGGCCAUGAUGGACACCGGCAUGGACAACUACUGGGAUGGAACCAUGAUGCAAUACAACAACAACGGCUGGCCUUUCGAUGAUGAUAUGGAUGCCAGCACCAAGGAGGUCAUCGACACGAUGAAUUGGCAGUACAAAUACUGCGACCUCGUCGACCCGACGACGGAUCGGUGGGAACUACGUCCGGGGGCCUUGGAUGCGGAUUCCUCCCCGGAACUCACCCCCGCUUCCAGUUCGAGCAGUUUAAGCAGUGACGUCUCGCAGUCGGAUGCGUUGAACUUCCUCCUGACCGUGGAGAAUUUCGAUGAUGCGGGUGGGGUGCCGCAGAGUAUGAUUCCCAUGUAUCAUCAAAUCAAGGGCAUGCUGAAUGAUGAUGCUCCUCCUUCUUGUGCUGCUGGUAAUGAGGGAGGUGAGAAAGGGGAAAAGGAUGGUGUAGUGGUGGAGGGGGUGGAGAAUUGGAAGAAGAGGCGGGCGCAAGAAGCCAAUGUCAUGGCGCAGGAUUUCUGGGCGACUUAUUAUGAUUGA